GACUGGAUCAUUCUGCUCUCCAGGAGUCUACAUGGAAGUCAUGUGGAAACUCGUCCUUGCCGUUGUCCUCGCUGUCGCUCUGCUCUGUGGUGGAUCAGACGGACAGAUCGGUUGCAGAAAUGAAGCAGAUCAACCAGUGGACUGGUACAUCUUGUACAAACUGCCCGCACACACAGGAAUUGGUGAUGUCUAUUACUACAUUGAUACAAAGGUACAGAAAAUGAACACAGAAAUGAAACCAGUGAAGCCCAUCAACCAUCAAGCAGGCGUCCUGGCAAACACUCUGGCUCCUUACUUCAAUAAGGAAGCAGGUUCUGGAUACAUCGCCUACAGUGAUCAACCUCCUACGUCUAACGCAUUGCCUGAGUUCGGACACAGCAAAGGGUUCGUCAUGAUGGAUCAAAACUCUGGAUUCUGGCUCUUACACAGCACACCAAGAUUUCCCUUCGACAAAGCGAGCAAUAAUUUCUUUCCUGAAAGUGGAAAAGAAAACGGUCAAACAUUCAUCUGUGUGACUUUCCCCUAUGCAACGUUUAAACAAAUAGGUCUACACCUUCAGUAUAUCCAUGCUCACACAUUCGAACAUAACAUCCCAGAUGGCUUUCAUAAUGAACUCAAAAAGGCUGCAAAGCUCAAGGAUGGUACAAAGCUCAAAGAGCCUGCAGAUAUACCGAAAGAGCUCUACCAAGACUUGAAAUCAAACGCUAAUCAUCCGUUUAGAAGCUUUGUUAAGAAAGUCCUAGACACUGAAUCCGAUGAUGAGGACUGUGACGACGAAAAAAAAAGAGAUCUUUACUUCCAUAUUGCACAGAACAUCGGCAGUAGUGUUAGAGCCCAGACCUGGAACCAAGGAAAUAAAUUUGAGAGCGAAGAUCCUGUCUACAAUGUGGAGUGUAUAGAGGUUGGGGGGAAGAAGUGGAACACAAAUGAUCAUUCCAAGUGGUGUGUGUCUGUAGAUGAUAAAGGUCCAGAAUAUUGGACCUGUUUUGGUGAUUCAAACAGAGCACGCUCCCAGUGUAAAAGACGAGGAGGGGCACUGUGCAUCCAAGACAAAACAGUGAAUGGAAUAUUUAAGAAUUUCAUAAAGCCCAAAGCAGAUUGUAAGAAACAAUCAGACCAACCAUCAGCACCAAAAAAACUCAGACAAUGAAAUCCUUCAGUUCUCCAGUUUCCUGUUUACAACCUUCAUCCAACGACAGUCUCAAAUAAAUACACACUGUACACAAUGUGGACCCGUCUUUAUUAAACAAUCAUACAUUUAGAAAACAAAUGAAAUGGCUGUUUGUUAGAUGUUUCAGUGCGAAACAGGAAAUGCCUUAUUGCUCUUUAUUGGCUAUUACCGCAUUAACAGAUCAAUAAAGCUGGUGAGGUCAGUGUGAUUGAGAGGA